AUGGUUUCUUUCAAUCUCGCACUUGCAAUCCCAACUUUGGUGGCUGUUGCAUCGGCAGCCAAAACCACGGGGCCCUUUUCUCUUUAUGCUUACGGGCCCGGUAUUGGAGGUCUCCCUCUCUUUUCUACUGGAGAUGAGGUUUUUAUCGGCAACUUCACUCACUCCAACAACUCCGAGGCUGCACCAAUCCGAUUUUCUGUAGGAACUGACAAGUGGCUUGGUUCCCCCAACAAAACGGACGAAACCAGUGGACACAAUGCAACCUGGUCCAACUACACCUUCGCCGUGCCCGGGCCUUCGUCGUCGUCCCAUACUGUAAAGCUUACUAACAGCACCUCCGAUGGUUACGUUAGUAACUUCUUGCUGUAUGGCUCUUUUGUCAUGCUUCAGUCGGACACGGGCUUUACAUCUCUUUGGUAUGCUUCGAAAACCGAUGACAAAGAUAUCUAUACUAUUGGAUGGAAUGCAACCGCGUCAGACGACAAGGUCCCUGUUACUUUGAAGAGCACACCACCUUCGAAUUAA